GGGGGAGGUCGUAAUCUCGUUUCAUGCAAACAUUAGUAAGAAACACAUUUUAUGGCAAACAAAAUGGCGGAUUUUGGAUGAAAAGUACCGAUUCCGGUACCAACUUUUGCCUGAUGGGACGGAAACGAGUUUCGACCCAGCUCAGCCGAAUCUUAAUUUUAGAUGGUCGAUCUACGAACCAGGUUAACUCGAGUCUGUCAGCCAAGUGCAAAAAUGAUAUAAAGACUCUAUGACGUCCAUUUUAGGUGGACUACAAUCGGAACUCCUCGGCUAGUAUCAAGAUAUGGCCUCGGAUAUAAUACGGGUCGUAAGAAAAUAGUCCGUGGACUAGUGAAACAGAUGGACGAAGACCUACAACCCAGCUCAGACAAAUCUUAUUCUACCAGGGGGUCCAACGUGUUUUGUGUUUUCCGAAAUUUAAGUGAGGAAAAUGUGUGAUGCGCAAUAAAAUGGCGGUGUUCGACGAGAUUUUGGUGUUUUGGGAGGAUAUUUUCACCUGAUGUUGAACUGGCCAGGACAAAAUCAAACACUUUCAAGACACGAAGGAUUUCGGCGCGCAAUUCCAGGCACAUCUGCGGAGAAUGUCACCAUGGUGAUAAUGGCUUGCACUUGCCCAGUAUUCCUCCACAUGCUUCUAGGGGUAGGACAUUUACCUCGAAACCCUCAACUUGGAUGGCGGACAACGAUUUUGUGGAAUGCGGGCAAGGAGGCGUCGGUGCUACUGGUCUUAGGAUUCGUUCGUCUUAUCAUCAACAGCCUGUUUAAUAAAACAUCUAACGUCUUCGAGUAUGGGAAACACUGGAACUUCUUUUUUACGAUAGCGGUUGUCAAGUUUAGUUCCACGAGUCUGCUACAGUUUACACCAAUAUUUCUGCACAAGUACUUGGGAUUUAUCGUCAUUUUCUUACACCAAGCUGCUUUGUCUACCACUGCUGUCCGUAGUUUUGCAAGUAAGGGAUGGUUCGGGGAUCGCUCGAGGAAAGGUUUCAUAGAUGCAAACAGAGAAGGACUCAUUUCCACUAUUGGAUUCAUUGGAUUUUAUUUCAUAGGAGUAAACUUUGGGAGGUUUCUGAUGAAAAACAGGGAAACUGUUGGUGAUUGGUUGAAAUGCCUCUGUACGCUUUUGUUUGUAUGCUGCUUAUCGUGGAUGUCUCUGCAAGUAUCAAACGUUCUAUUGGGGAAACCUUCUAGACGGCUUGCCAACCUGCCAUACGCACUGUCUAUGAUUUGUAUAAUAACAUCUGGUAUCGUGCAACACAUUAUCUACGACAUAGUGGUGGCCUGUUGUAGACCAGUCGUGCAGAGGGAUACGUAUGGCGAUAGUGACCCUGACUCAAAAGACGAUAUAAGAUGUUUAUUGCUGGAGGCGGUGAACUACAAUGGGCUGCUCUUCUUCCUCGUGGCAAACCUAUUGACGGGCUUGGUUAACUUGGCCAUAGACACGAAGUUAUACUCUUCCGGCGGUGCCUUCUUUGUGCUUACAGUGUACAUGUUCAUGCUCUCCGCAACCUCACUAAUUCUAUACAAGAAUAAAAUUUCUUUUAAAGCCAUUAUAUUUCAAAAAUUGUUAAGGCUUUAUUGAUGACUACAUGUAUAGCUUGUUUUAUAUUAAUAUAAUUGAAACGCAUAAACAUAGUGAUCUGUCAAUGCGCAAAUACCGACCUCUGUUUCACAAAUUCGCUAAUAACAACUUUCAUCGUUAAUACCAUCCAAAUCACCUUACAGGAAUUACAUCCAUGCGCCAGACGCAGUAGUUCUAAUUAAACAAAAUUCGAACUGAAUGCUGAAGAAAGUGGUUGCUAAACAGAUAUAUUCCAAUACUUUGAACUAUCGAAAUAUUUGAAACUAUAUAUCAUACUGUGGACUCUGUAGAAACAUCAAAAUACGAUGUGUUAAAUGGCCUGAUCAAAAAUGACCCGAUUUAUUCAAGAUGGCGGACGAAUCAACAAAUGUCCGUGGAAUUUCCAAAGUCAAGUAUUAUUUAAGCCAUCAAACCGGAGUAUAACAAUGGAUUGUUAGUGCAAAGAAGGGGGGUCGUGCUAAAAGGCUGACCAGAGCGCUGACCAUAUAGAUAUAGAGGGUAAGGCUGACAAGGCCAGAAAAGGUUGACAAGGGAAUACAAAUAAAAAAAAUCUUAUUGAAUUAAUUUUAAUGGGUUGUUUAAUUUCCUUGUACUAUUUUAUGUAUUAUAAUUGAUAUAUUAUUAAUAUGCUUGUAAUUUAUUAGAGCGUUUAGUUGAAGAUGGGUGAAUUCUUAUUACACUUUGAACAUUUUUAUUAUGGCUUUAAUAGUUGGAUAUUCUCAAACAAAAUAAAGGUGGUUUAACACUGUGUCCAAGUUCUCUUUUUUGACUACAUAAAUUAAUAAUUGAAUUUUAAUUCAAACGAAAAUGAAUCUGCACGAUAUUGUAUCUAAAGAAUUCAUUUGUUAUCAAUACUUAUUGAGAAUGUGACCAUAAAAUAAUUUUAACGCCUGUUUUUGAUAUUCUUAACUUACAAGCCUUCACUUUUGAAAAGUUCCUCCUAAAAAAUAGAAGUCUUUGUGAAGUUUACAAAUUAUUUAACAUUUAAAAUAUCUAUAUAGUUGGACAACAGUGGAAAAUUUUGAGAUUUCCUGAGGUAUACACUAACAUGUUUCAGAGGAAAACUUAGAUAUUUAUGUUGAGGAAGUUCAUUCUUCUAGCCCCGAUUAGAUAUCAUCACCUCCUUCACAUAAAAUGACCCUCUGUCUUAGAUAUCAUCACCUCCUUCACAAAAAAUGACCCUUUGUCUUAGAUAUCAUCACCCCCUUCACAUAAAGUGACCCUUUGUCUUAGAUAUCAUCACCUCCUUCACAUAAAAUGGCCCUUUGUCCUAAUGACAUAUGAUUUUCAACACACAGGUUUUAUUUAAAAUGGCAUGUUCUCUAUCUUGUAAUUUAUGAUGACAUUUCUCAGUUUUAUUUAUGCUGACUGUACUUGCUUCCUUUUAAUUAUUUUCCCUUAGUUUGUAAAUAUAUGCAAUACACAAAACUAGAAUAUGCACAUCUUUUUUUACUUUGUAUGUGGGUGCCUAUUUGUAUAUCAUUAAACAUAUUUAAAUCGACCAUGGAUGAUACUAUUCUUAAAAUUUCAAUGUUCUAUGAUAUUAAUCACUUAAAGUUGCAUGGGCUUUCCUGUGUCCUGCUGCUACUUUCAAAAUGCUAAAAGUGAGCUAUUGUGAUCAUUAUAUCCAGUGUCUAUUAUGCCUUGUAUGUCGUCGAGCAUAUAACGUGAUUAGGCUAAGCAUACCAUGUCAAGUGACCC